CACACAUCAGAGAUGAUUUCUGCACACACACAUUCGUUUUUAGAAAUGACAAUGACAGUGCUCCGAAAAUAACGUUUUAGAAAAUACGAUUUGCAAUUAAUAAUCAAGUAUACUUAAUAAAAAUGAAGACUGCACUCAUGGUGGCUGAAAAGCCGUCUUUGGCCGCUUCUCUUGCAAAUAUAUUGAGCAACGGAAGAUGUACUUCCAGAAAAGGCUUGAAUGGUUCUUGUUCCGUUCACGAAUGGGUUGGCCAGUUUCGCAAUGAAACGGUUAAUUUUAAAAUGACAUCAGUAUGCGGUCACGUCAUGAGUCUCGACUUUAUCGGGAAAUACAACAAUUGGGACAAAGUCGAUCCGGCCGAGUUAUUUUCUUGCCAAACUGAAAAAAAGGAAGCAGUCCCAAAAUUGAAAAUUCCCUACUUUCUCGCGAAAGAAGGUUCGCACUGCGAUUAUUUAGUCCUCUGGUUGGAUUGCGACAAAGAAGGAGAAAAUAUCUGUUUCGAAGUAAUUCAUGCAGUUCAACAAGGAAUGACUCGCCGACUAAGUCCCAACGAGAUUUGGCGAGCUAAAUUUUCAGCUAUCACCGAUAAAGACAUAAAAGCAGCACUUGCCAAUCUUGCAAAACCGAACGAAAAUGAGGCAAAAAGUGUGGACGCUCGUCAGGAACUUGAUUUACGGAUAGGCUGUGCUUUCACAAGAUUCCAAACUAAAUUUUUCCAAGGAAAAUAUGGUGAUCUGGAUGCUUCCUUGAUAUCUUAUGGACCUUGUCAGACUCCAACUUUGGGAUUUUGUGUUCAAAGGCACGACGAAAUUCAGACUUUUAAACCUGAUGCAUAUUGGGUUCUUCAGGUGACAAUAAAAACGCCAGAGGAAAAAGAUCUGGUUUUAAACUGGAGUCGAAUACGUUCAUUCGACAAAGAUGUGGCUUCUAUUUUUCUGAGCCACGUGAAAGAACAUGAAUUCGCAAAGGUCGCGAGUAUUCAGAGCACUGAGAAAACAAAAUCGAGGCCAAAUGCUCUCAACACUGUAGAGCUGAUGAGAGUUGCCAGUUCCGGUCUCGGAAUGGGUCCACAUCAUGCUAUGCAAAUAGCAGAACGUCUCUACACUCAAGGUUACAUAAGUUACCCUCGAACGGAAACUACGUCUUAUCCUGAAAAUUACGAUCUAGCAGCAACAUUAAAGCAACAACAGAAUAAUUCCGAUUGGGGAGACGAUGUUCGGAGGAUACUCGCUGCUGGAAUAAAUAGGCCGAAAAAGGGACAUGAUGCAGGUGACCAUCCACCGAUUACGCCGAUGAAACACGCUUCCAGAAAUGAACUAGACGGCGAUGCUUGGAGAUUAUACGAUUAUAUAACGAGGCAUUUCAUCGCUACGUUGGCAAGAGAUUGUAAAUACCUGAGUACGACGAUUAAAUUUGAAAUAGGAAUGGAAACUUUUACGGCGACAGGCCAUUCUUUGAUUGAUCCUGGAUAUACGAGUCUUCUCACAUGGCAGGCGCUUAGUAAUAGCGAAUCCCUUCCUAAACUCACUGUUGGAGAUAAGGUCAAUAUUCAGGAUGCGAAGUUGCUUGAAUGCUACACCCAGCCCCCGGAUUAUCUCACAGAAUCAGAGUUGAUUUCUCUGAUGGAAAAACAUGGUAUCGGGACUGAUGCUUCGAUACCUGUGCAUAUCAACAAUAUCUGUAUCAGAAAUUACGUUACUGUCGCAGCUGGCAGGAAGCUGGUUCCAACGUCCCUGGGGAUCGUUUUGGUUCAUGGUUACCAAAAAAUAGAUCCGGAGUUAGUUUUACCUACGAUGAGAUCUGCAGUUGAGGAACAACUAAAUCUGAUUGCUAUCGGCCGAAUAGAUUUCAAUGCAGUUUUGCAACACACUGUCGAGAUUUUCAAGCAAAAAUUCACCUACUUUGUCCAGAACAUUGAAGCGAUGGAUCAGUUAUUUGAAGUCACUUUCUCACCCCUUUCGGCUUCUGGAAAGUCUCAUUCUAGGUGUGGAAAGUGUCGUCGGUAUAUGAAAUAUAUUCAAACGAAACCGUCGCGAAUGCACUGUGCGCAUUGUAAUGAAACGUACAACUUGCCUCAGAAUGGAAACAUUCGAAUUUAUAAAGAAUUGAAGUGUCCUCUUGACGAUUUUGAAAUGCUGUCCUGGUCCAGUGGAUCUAGAGGAAAAAGCUACACUUUCUGCCCUUAUUGUUAUAAUAACCCGCCUUUCAGGGAAAUGAAAAAAGGAAGUGGUUGUAACAUGUGUACCCAUCCAACUUGUCCACAUGGAAUGUAUCAAAAUGGAAUUUCGAGUUGUUUAGAGUGCGAUUCCGGAAUUCUGGUUCUUGAUCCUUCGGCUGCGCCGAAGUGGAAAUUGGUGUGCAAUCGAUGUGAUGUUAUUAUCCAUCUUUUCGAAAAUGCUCACAAAGUUAAUGUGGAGACGGAUGUCUGCGAUUGUGGAGCUCAAAUGGUUACAGUGGAAUAUAAACAGGACAAAACUAAAUUGCCAGAUGAGGCAACCGAAAUGACAGGAUGUGUAUUUUGCACAAGACCCUUCGUUUCUCUGGUAGAAAAACACAGGGCUGUCGCGUCCAAGCCAGUUGCAACGCGAGGACGUGGUCAUGCGAAAGGAAGAAGCCGAGGGAAACCCCGUCCACCAAAAGACAAAAUGGCACAGCUGGCAGCCUAUUUUGUAUAAUAUUCUCAAAGUAUUUCAUAAUAACUUCAAAUUAAUCAAAAGUAAACCUCGAAGUAUAGAAAAAAAAAAGAAAAAAAGGAAAGAAAGAAGGAAAUUUAUAUCACAUUUUGUACGUAAUUUCAACUAUCCUACUAAAUACCCCGAUAUUGAGAAUAUAUUUUUAACUUAGCACUUGCCACUAAAAUAAUAAAGUUGGAAAAGAAAAAGGGAAUUUUACACGUCCUUAUAAAUAACGCGAAGUUCCUUCUUUCCUUUUUUUAAAACUAGGAUUCAGUAACUGAAUUAAAGAUACGUAAUUAAUAUAAUCGUCAUUAUGGUUUACCUGUUGAAAGUAAAAUAAUUGAGGAUUUUUGUUGUUGUAAUUUCAAUCAAUUUUCAGGCUCUUUGAGUCAACUCUGAUCUCAUAUUUGAAAAGUGUAUCCGUUUAUAUGUUUCAACCUUUAUAUCUAUGGUAUAUAAUGUCUAAUUUAUUUGAAUAUAAUUAAUUUUGAAGCA